UCUUUCCUCCAAUAUUGCAAUCGCUAUGUGAAAUGGGUACCGUCUACCACGUCUGCGAGGGAUGAGGCACUUUGGAUGCUUUCGGUGUUUUACUUUGUCUUUGAUCAGAAGGGCAUAGUCGAGAAGCAGACCCCCAUAGAUCCAGCUUAUAUUGGCAAGACAACGCCGCUCUCCAAUUGGCUUCACGAGUACGCCGACAGUCUAGGAAAGUGGAUGGAUACUGAAGACUCUGGUAAACUUGUCUCGACAUUCAGGACGAACCCAGAAUACACAGUCUUUGAAUAUCAAGAGCCAGAGGGUGGCUGGAAGACUUUCAACCAAUUCUUCUCUCGGACGGUGAAUCCGGUAUACAGACCUAUUUGUCCUAGAAACACUGUUGCAAGUCCGUGUGACGCCAAGUUUGAUGGCUUCUGGGAGAUCAAGGAUGGAAAAGUGCGUCUCGAAACCCAAACCGUCAAAUUCAAAGGGAUCGAGUGGCCAAUUGAGCAGCUACUGCAGGACACCGAACUAGGCAAAACGUUCCAUAAUGGUGUUUUUAUGCAUUCGUUUCUUUUACCAAAUAAUUACCAUCGUGUCCAUGCUCCAGUCAGCGGAAAGGUGAUUAACCGCAAAACGAUUAAAGGGGACGUCUAUCUUGAAGUCACUGCGGAUCCUGACAAACAGAAGCUACUGCCUCUGCCGCGACGAAUGAUGCCACGUAAAGGCUUGAAUGCUCCUGAAGACGUUACCGCCCAGGAUUACGCCGGCUAUCAGUGGAAUCAAGUGCGUGGUAUGUGGGUAAUUGAUACAGAUCAAUCAGAAGUAGAUGAUAUUAGAAUCGGGAAAGUGGCACUUUUCGCAGUUGGUAUGGCUCAAAUCUCCUCCGUCAACUGGGAUAAACAAACGGCGGGCGCACCAAAUACUCAGGUUCAAAAGGGGGAGGAGAUCGGCUACCUCAAAUACGGUGGAUCAGACUAUAUUCUACUAUUUGAG